CUCAAUCCACGAAUUGCCUCCCACUCCAUCCUCGCGCGUGGAAUUAACUUUUGCAGGAAUUACCUCAAUCAAACAAUCUAUCAGCGCAGCAUAGACAGCACCAUCAACUAGGAAACAAGCACAUCCCAGCCAACACCAUGGCCGCUCCCCGCGAUGGGCCCAACCCUCCCCAAAUCGACCGCCAGGCCACAACGCCCUUCCACCUGAAGCUCUUCUAUCGCGUCAACAACUUCCACCCGCUCUCAGAUUUCUCCAUCUACGGCGCCUCCUCGUCGUCGUCAUCAUCCUACGGCGGCCCCGUCAGCGGGCCCAACGCCAUCCGCGCCCGCUCGCCGCCUCCUGCCGCCGCGCCCCUCCCGGCUCAUCUCCAGAUCUACACCUGGCAAUCCUGCACCCUGCGCGAGCUCUCACAGCUCCUGACCUCCGCCCUGCCGUCUCUUCUCCCCGACCCGCCCAUCGGCACGAGAAUCUGCUUCCGACUCAUCUACCCCGACACGAAAGCCGCGGCGAUGGCCGGGCCAGACGCCCGAGGCCGGUACCUGAGCAAGGACAUUGGGAGUGUGGUCGUCGGUCCGCGCGACAGCCCCUACCGCGAGGAGCAUGGCGACGAGGACGAUAACCAAGAAGGAGGGAAGAAGGGCGGCGGUCGCGGUCCGCACCGGAUGCAGGGCAACGAGGCCGACAAGACGUUGCAGGAGAUGCGAUUCGUGAUCGGGGACUACGUGGACUGUGCGAUCCUGCCGCCGUUGGAGGACGGGUCUGUCGCGCCGCCGCUGACGACCGGCCGUGGGCCUAGCGGCUUGCCGAUGGGUGGUGGGAUGCGCGCGUUCCGGGAGCCUGGGUUUGGAGGCCGGCCUGGGGCCGGUGGUGCUGGUGGGCCUCGUGGACGGGGCGGUGAACGGAUCCCGUUUGGGGAUUGGAAACGAGGUGAACGGUUGCCGGAGGGUGGACGGGGGGGGAGACGCGGCUGGGCGCCGUACUAAGGGUGUUGCUUGGUUUUGAUAGUUUGUUCAAGGGGUUGUGUUUUCGGGCUUUUAGGUGCAUUUCUA